AGAAAUUUUCUCUAAUAUCUAAUCUACACCUACCCUCUUUCAGUUUGAAGCCAUUCUCCCUUGUCCUGUCACUACACACUCUUGUAAAGAGUCCCUCUAUUUUAUUAGAUGUCAUUAGAGAAUUAUCAGAUGUAUUUCAGUAGUUUCAGGUAUUAAGGCUCAAGUAGUUCCCAACAUAAAAACUUUGAAACAUUAUGAAUGAUUAUCAACUACAGUGGCAAAUAUUCAGUGCUCCUGAAGUUGCUUAUUGUGACAUGCAUUUAAAGAAUGUAACACCAGUGGCUCUCUGUGAACAUCUGGAUUUGAAAGGGUUGCCUAAGGGGAAGCAUUUGUACAACAGUCACCUUUGUAAACAGGAAUCUGUCCUACCUCUUCCUGCAGUCAUCUUCCUUAUUGGAAGCAGCAUUUGUAGGAUAAGUGGCGACUGAGGCAGAAUUACUUCAGCAAACAGCUUCAUUCACUGCUAAUGUCUAAUGAGUGUAUACUGCAUGCUGGAAAAGGUUAGGGACCUAGUAGCAUCAUGUAGUCAGUUAUGCAUAUCCACGAGCAACUACAGAAAGAUUACCUAGAAAAGUGUAAAUUCUGGCUGUUUUCUGAUGUUUUGAUUAGACAGUUGUCUGUAUAACUCUUGGGUAGGGUAUCUGUCUUCUCUCUUUAUGACUCCAGCACCUCUUAAAAAAGAGUAUCAAGGGGCAGGAUAAGAAGAUAAUUUGGCUUCAGCAUUCUGCUGCAGCCCUGAGGCUCUGUUAGGCGAGUGAAAGUUCCUUCCUGCCCCCUUCCCUCCCCAGUAGCCUGUAACUUUGUCAAAUGAAGAAUUAGUGGAAGGAAGCUAGAAGCCACAUAAUGUUCAGAAGGGAACAGUUAUUCUAGUAUGAAAAAUAGCAAUGUUACAUCUUGAUUAACAACUGUAUUACCUUUUUAAAACAGAAAAAUCAUGUUAUCUUUUAAAUAUGACUCAUUAACUUUUAAGGAUUUCUGUUUAAAUGUUCUCUUCAGAAGAGUAAGUGUUCAAAAUCACAAGGAGCUUUUUUUCUGAAAAAACGGAAAAUUUCCAGUUAAAUUCAGAAGUUGAAUUUUUGCAUUUUAGAAGACUGUUUUCAGUUGCUUUUACAAGUCCUACUUAGGCUUGUCACUUGACAAAACUAAUAUAUAUUCUUCUAUGAAAGUAAAACAUACACAGAAAUGACAUCUAAUGCCACAAAAAAAUACAUUCUUCUGUUGAAAAUAUGCUUUGUGGUUGCUAUUCAGGUGCCUCAUUAGUAAGUGUUAUUGUGCCUUUAAUGUGUUCCUUUUUUAGGUGCUAUUGUAUACUGAAAUUUAUUUCCAUGGUCCUGUUUUUCUGUGUUUUCCAAUGGAGCAGAUGUCAUACUUUGCCAGAUCAGUGCUUAGGAAUGUGCUGUGCUUUGGUGUACAAAAAAAGUAACUUUUAAUAAACCUGUAUUAACUGACUACUUUCUGGUUCAGGGGGAAAAACCCACAGCAUAACUUAUUUGUUUUAUACAGGGAUCAACUUUUCCUGUCGGUUAUGCAAGCAGAAUUAUGCAAAAGCAGUAUUUUCUUCCAAGCUCCAACUUGAUGGGAGCACGACUGGCUGGAUCCCAUGUUGAUACACAGGAGCCUAAGGCCAAUCCUUUGGUAUCUAUUUCAGAUGAACCAGAAACACUGUACAAGAGAUUGUCCAUUUUAGUUAAAGGUCACGAUAAAGCUGUGUUGGACAGCUAUGAAUAUUUUGCAGUGCUUGCAGCUAAAGAACUUGGCAUCUCUAUUGAAAAAGUAGAUAAACCUCCAAAGACGAUAGAACGAUUUACACUUCUCAAGUCUGUACAUAUUUACAAGAAGCAUCGAGUUCAGUAUGAAAUGAGAACACAUUACAUGUGUUUGGAGUUAAAAUACCUAACAAGCAGUACUGCUGCAGUUUACUUGGAGUAUGUGCAACGAAACUUACCGGAAGGGGUUGCCAUGGAAGUAAAAAAGACUAAGAUAGAGAGAAUACCUGAACACAUUAAGAAACCAGUUUGGGAUACACUACCUCAAGUGGAAGAAGCUGAAGUCAAGUCAUGAACACACCAGGUACUUGGCUCUGUUAGUACUGGAAUUCAUUGCUCCUAUCAGCCUAAUUUACUGUUAAAUAAAAGUUCUCUUAUAAAGAAAUUUUAUAAACUCUUGUUUCUUCAAGUUAUUCUCGCUUAUAACUCCAGUACACGUAGACUGAACAGCUGUAAAGUGAAGAGGUUUGACUGUACUCUAUGAUCAAUAACUAUGGUCAUUUAUAAUAAGUUUGUAGAAAGUGUGUAUAUAUAAGUAUAUAUAAAUUCAUUGUAUCCUUUUGAUGCUAGAUGGCCUCUUAAUUCUGAAAUACUUGAAAAUCCACUUCCCAUUUGUGUGAUGUUUAAUAUUAUGGAUGCCAGAUUGUUGUUGAGUUACCAACUGGAUAAACUCGUUCGAUGGAUAAGCUGUUUCCAUUCUUUACUUCUUUUACCACAUGUUUCUCCACUUUUGCUUUGUGCCACCUUUCUUAGCAAGUGCCAACAGCAACACUCCAGCCAUUGCUUUAGGUCUUGUCUCGAGCCAUCUUCCUACCUACUGACCAUCUCCUCUCAUUUUCAAUCAGAAAAUUUUUAGUUGCGUUUUAGAGGACAUUAAUAAAAACACCAUGCUUCAUACCAUUUAUAAACAUCAGUAUCUGAGCAUGCUGUAUUAUCUUCUUAUGAGUCAGACAUUCAAAGCUUAAAUGAUUCCCGUCCGAAGUGCCCACUUUUGCAUCCUUAUAGCAAAACUGCCAGAAUCGCCAAUUCCAUGCCCUGAAACAAAGGCAACAUCUGCCACAUAGGAUGUUCUGUGCAUCACAGCAAAGCAUUCCUACCUUCCUAGAACUCCAAUUUGAAUAUGAAAGUGUCAAACCACUGUCAGUAUCUCUGUAUGUGUAAACCAGCACUUCUGUCUUUAGGAGAGAGGGAGUGGUUUUUUUGAACUGAACUAAAUCCUUAGGAUCAGUUCAAUAUCAAUUCGAUACCACUGCCUUUUUUAUGAAGAUGGAUGAAAAGACUUGGCAGCAUGCAGGAGCAAAAUUUGACUUCCAGUAUCUGGUAGCCUACAGUCUCACCUUGUAAUCAGGACACAGACUCUUAAUACCGCUGCUCUCACCCCUGGCUGAUACUGCAUUAGCUUCAUCUAGCUAACAAGUUUAACCCAAGUCAGUCAUUCAGAGGAGAUUUUUAGAUGUUUGGUUAAGCUAAUGCCUUGUCUUUCUAGAUGGAGUUUUACUGUGUAUGAACUUAGGCAAUAAUAAACCUUCACCCUAA